ACAAGGCCAUUCUUGCUGGGCUUUGAUAAGUAACGCUCCUGCGUGGUGAUGUCCCAAAGGCAUCCCCAGAUACCAUCACACGAUGCAGAAACUUUGAGAAACUUACACGGUCAUCUCUGACAGCGGCAUUAUUGCUCGUCUCCGAGCCCUGCCCCAUCUAGAUACAGCCAACUACAGCUCAGGAGUCGUGUCCGAACCUGCGAUGGCGUCCGAGACGAGCCUCUUUCCCCUUAAGCCGACACUCCAGCUGCCGAGCAAACGGAACAGCCAUGAGACUAACAGUCGGCGACGGCCGACCAACCUGCUCUGUCUCGCCUCACUCUGCCUGGUCAGUCUCAUAACCAGCCUCGGUGACAUCACGCAUCUCACCUCUACCGCACUAACAUCCAUCGAAGAGAGCUCGCCCAUCCCUCCCAUAAUCUACACCACCCUCCCAACCACCAUCGGCACCAUCCUCGCCGCGGCCUUCCUCCCCCCACUCACACAACUCACUCAACCCCCAACCCAACUCACCCAAUCUACCAAACAGCAUUCCCCCUUCCCCGAGCUCAGACUUGCCCUCCCCGCCCUCCUCGCCCUCACAACCCUAGCCAGCACCAUCCUCCGCAUCCUAGCCACCGCCCCGCUACACACCCUCACCUUACAAAACCCGCCGCAAAACAUCACCUUCAUCACCACUGUCAUGGCCCACCUGCUGCAGGGAUUCGCUGGUGGCUGCAGCCUGGCGCUGGCCAUGGUCCUGUCAGGUGGCGGAGCGCAGUUGCGUGCGGUGUGCGCUUGCGGGGCGUUGGGGGCGGUGUUUAGGGCCGUUGCUGGUGGGAUGGAUGGUGUUUGUGAGGUAGAUGGCGGAGGAAAGUUAGCCGGGUGGGCGGGGUGGUGGUUGUUGGUGGGGGAGGUGGUGCUGGCAUUUACGGCGGCGGGGGGGUUGGUUCUUCCUGGCUGUGUGAGAUGGGGCGGAGAGGAGGAGGGAGGGGACGAGGGAGGGGGAGUUAGGCCUGAGAUAGGACUGCCGGUGGCUGGUGGCGGUGGUGGUUACCCGCCGCCGGCGAGCCGCGCGACCAUCUUCGGUGCCCUGUUCGCUUUUGCCUACUACGCCGCAGCCGCGGCCAUCCCAGGCGGGCUCGAUUUGUUGGUUAGCUACGGACGGAGCUACACCAUCGAGCAGUCCCUGACUGUCUUCACAACCGCGUCCUUGUGGGCGGGGAUCGCCGUCGGUCGGUUUGUAGCUCUUCCGUGGGAUGGGCUCAUCCGGCCGAAGCAGGGGGUCCGUCGAGCGGUGCUAGCCGCUGGCGGUUUCCUAAUUGUUUUCUGGCUUUCGCCGAAUCCGUCAAGGAACACCGCAGUAGCUGCUGGUCUGGUUGGUGCCGUGCUGGGCCCAGUCUAUCCGUGUGUGGUUGGUACGGUGAUGCGUGAACUGGGACAGGACGAGAUGCUGAGCGCCAUAGGUAUAAUUGUGGCAUUCGGACACUCGGGGAUGGUGACUGCUCUGUUGACAACCCAGUUAGCUGCGUACGUGGACGCCCCUGUAGUCCUGUACCUAGUUAUUGUCACGCUCUUUGGGUGCAUGUUGGUAUGCUGGGAGGCCUUAACGGAGAAGGGUGAUGGAGGAGUUGUUUCUGAUUUCCGGGAUGAUGUUUGGUGAUUGUGGGAGAUUUCUUUCUGAGUUGGACUGGAGUUGCGUAAAUGAGGUGUUGCGUUUCAUCAUCCUUGACGCUGAGCUUGCCGGCGACGAUGUUCUUGAUGGUGUUGUGGAUAUCGGAGAAGUCGUCGAACGUGGUGAAGGGCACAUUCUCAUUCUCGCAGAAGGUGACAAGGUCUGG